AAAUAUUUGAAUUAGAGGUCCGGAAUUAAACGUCUCAUGAAAGUCCAUGCUAUUGUCUCGUUGGUUGUCCUAUUCUGUUUCGGGAGUGUUCUAAAAAUUUUGACCGCGACACUUAUAAGGACAGUAUGAAGUAUUCGCGACUGGGUAUUAAGUUGAUAGUUGCUGAGAGUAAAAGAAAAAACAAUAAUAUUGACAAUUUGCAAUUAAAAAAUUCAAGGAUGGAUUAUCAACAAUUAGAGAAAAGUUCUGUAUGUAGGUUCUGCUUGAAGAAAUUAACAAAAUCUAAGAAAAAUGAUAUGAAAGAUGAAAUUCUCGUGAGUCUCAAUUCAAUCUUUAAUUUGGAGAUUUAUGAUGAAGAUAUCUGGCCCAAACAAGUUUGCGUUUGCUGCAAAGAAAAAUCUAAGAAUUGCGUGGCAUUCUUUAAAAAAAUUAAAGAAGGAGAAGCGAAACUACUGGAUCUCUUUGGUGAAAAAUUUCAGGACAUAAAAAAGGAAAUUGUCUUUCCGGAAGAAAUGGAAGGAGAAGUAAAACAUGAAUAUUUUGAGGAAGUGGAAACUAAAUUCCCAGAAGAUGACAUAAAAGGAGUUCAAGAUCCAAAAUUAUUAGAUAAGCUAAAUCAAAGCUUUGAGGAGGAUGACGAGUAUUCUAAAUCUCCUUCUUGGGCUCCAUCUUUUGAUGAGGAAAAAGAUGACUCUGAAGAGGUGGAAGUGAAACAAAAUAAAUAUGAGAAUAAUUUCAAGAAAAAGGAGGCAACUAAAAGGAUGACAGUUUUGAAGACGAACAAUGAUAUGGUAAAGAAGUAUCUGGGUUUCAAGUGUGAUAUAUGUUCAACUAAAGCCAAAAGUUACUUCGCCCUUAAGCAUCAUUUUCUGGAUAGCCACGGAGUAAAGGGUUAUAUGAUGUGCUGCUCCAAAAAAUUCACAUGUCUGGGAAAAUUAGCAAGCCAUGUGAAAUUCCAUCUCAAUCCAGAAGCCUUCAAAUGCGUAAAAUGCUCAAAAGUUUUUCGCAGACUUGAAACGUAUAGAAUACAUGUUAGAGAAUGUUCACCGAAUCCAGAAACAUUCACCAUAAUUUGCGAGAUUUGCUCAGAAGCAUUCCCAACACCUAGAUUGCUUUAUCAGCACCGAAGGAAGGAACAUUUGAAAGAAGAGGAUAAAGCUCAUAAAUGUCCUGAUUGCCCCAAAAGAUUCCUAAUGCCAUCUGAGCUAAAGUACCAUAGAAUGCUGACACAUGAAAAGAAAAAAUCCUUUAUGUGUGAUAUGUGCGGCACAGGUUUUUCGUGUCCGUCGAAAGUGGAAGAGCAUUUGAAAAAGACCCACCUAAAAGACCAACAACCUAAACUGCAAUGUAAGCAUUGUGGACGCUCCUUUAUAGAAAUUCACCUUAAGGACCAUCUUACACGAUGCAAUGUGGAACCUGUUACAUGCAAAAUUUGUGGGAAACUGUACAAAAAUUCACACGCAAUGAAGAGUCACAUCAAAUUCGUGCAUCGCCGUGAAGGGAGAAAAACCUAUUCUUGUGAAAUCUGCCCGAAAACUUUCUCAACGAAACGUAAACUAACAGAUCAUACUGCAAAACAUCAAGGCAUUCUACUGCAUCAGUGUAAUUUCUGUGAUGCAAAGUUCUACUCUCUUUCUACAAAAACCGCUCAUCACCGUGCAGUUCAUCCUAUAGAGAAUGCAGCUGCUAAGAAACUUAAGCCUGUGUAAUCGAUUCAAAGAUUUUACGGAAAAUACAGAUUAAAAACUAUAUGAACGCUCUGACUGUUCUGUGAGCUAGAAUUUGAUGUUCAACAUACAACAGUUAUGUGAAAUCUUAAAGAAAGAUUUUUGAAAUUUAAA